AGACCAGCUGUAUAUCAUAAGAAGAGGAGUACGUAUCUCCAGGCGAGACGAGGUGAUAAAUUCCUCGAACGGUUCAUGUCCACGAUCUCCUGAGCAUGGGGACUUCGGAGAAGACAGCCACGCCGGGACCGGUGGCUCUCAAAUGGGUUCAACUUCUAGAGAAGGAGUUUGACAAGGUUUACAUCGAGCUGGAUGCUAUGCUCGGUGAUCUCGAAGAAGAGCAUCAACCGCUGUGUUUCCAAGGCAGAGAGAAACUGACGGCCCUCAGUGCUGCAUUCGGCCAACUUGUUCAUAAGACGCUGGCCGUGUGUGACCUCAACGUGAAGCUUCAGGAGCAAUUCGACGAAACGAAAUCCCAGCUGUUCUCCUCGGAAUCUUCUCUGGUUGUCGCAGAAAAAGAGACCCGUGCGCUGAUCUCCAGAUUGCAGGCUGCACAGCUUGAAGCGUCCCGUCAGAGAAAGGUGUCCACGGACGAAGACGCUCAAGCUAUUCAGUCUCGGCUGGAGGAGGAGAUGAGGUCGAUUCUGGACGAAGUGGAACGAGACGCGAGGCUCAAAUCGGAACUGAACUUCCUGAGACAGGAGAACGAAAGACUCCGGAAGAGUCUGAUCAACUCAGAGAGCGAAUUGGUGGGCGCGAAGUUGGCCGCCAAGUAUCUCGACAAAGAGUUGGCCGGCAGAAUUCAGCAAAUCCAACUCCUCAACGGAAAUCUGAAACCGGCCGAACAGGAUCGACUAUGGUGCCAACUCCAAUCGGAAAUUCGUCUCCAUCGCCACAAGACCGUCAUCAUGGCUUGCAGAGCACGUCUCGACCACUACGCCUUAGAACAGGAAAGAGCGAGAUCAGCUAGGAUGCCUCCCUCGGGAGAGGUUCGAAGAGUUGUCGUCUACAAGACCCACAACGAAGGACUAGGGAUUUCCAUCACGGGGGGGAAGGAACACGGUGUGCCUAUAUUGGUGAGUGAGGUCCAUCCGCACAUGGCUGCAUGGCGCUCUGGCCAGUUGUUCGUCGGAGAUGCCAUUCUCUCGGUGAACGAUGUGGAUAUCCGGAAUGCACUUCACGAUGAAGCCGUAGAAGUAUUGAGUAGACAGGACGGUAGCGUUGAGCUGGAAGUUUUAUGGAUCGACGAAGAAAAACACGACGAAAAAGAAAUAGAUCGCGAAAAGGAAAAUGCUCGACUGAAGUACCAUUUCUUCCUACCGAAAGACCUCACAGCCGAUGUUGACCAUGUUGACGGGGGAGGGUCGAUGGAGUCUCAGGAUACGAAAACCACAUCGUCCCCGAAAACGGAUGCUUCGGUCAAGGGUAGUGAUUCUGGAUCCCUAGACUGAGGGGCCAAAAAUGUCCAGUCGAGACAACACGAAUUAGCUGCUUGUCUUCUUUCCCUCGAACAAGAACCCGCCCCAACACAUAACGGAUAUGCUGGAGAGGGAAACCAGGAGCUCUCGCGUAUGGAUUGGAAAACGAGCCCUACGAUGAGCCCUGGUGCAGAUUACUCUCCAGCAUGAAGUUUGACUGCCCUACCCUGGUGCAUCCCCAGAUGAGCGGUCUCGCUGAACCGAGUCUGCGGAGUCAACACUGUUUUGAUAUCGGAAAUUUUCUUCAA